AUGGCGUUGUCGAGUAAAAACGAUUCCGUACCGGAGAACCCUUCAGAGACGCCCCGCCGGGCGUGGAUUUCUCCUCGUGCACUCCUCGGCGGCGACGUCCGUAGAGAAAUUAUUAUUACCGCAAACGACGAUUGUGCAACAUGUUUUCAGAACUCUUUUCGGACAUCAUGUUACAAUGGACAUAGUGCAUUCUCGCGCGUACACCGACACACCUGCAGGCCAGUCGGACGGAAAACACAUUAUGCGUUUCGCCUGGAAACUUUAUCGAAACCCGAAAAUACAAAACGAUUGAAACAACGCUCUAAAAGGUUUCCCGGUCGUCGCACUAACUCGCACAACGAUUCGGGUAGGCGCGUCGUCCGCCAUGCCGUUUCGGUCGCCUUAAAUAUUGUUUUACAUUCUGCUGCCUCGGCUAGCUCGUCCGCUUCAGUUGGCUUCAGUCACUUGCGGCGCAUGCCACAAAUGAAAUGGAUACCCAAACAAUUGGGCCGAAUCCGUUUGGACCGUUAG